AUGUCGCCGACGUCGAAAGAUAAUAACUCUGAAGAAGAGACACCAACAAAUAAUAACACGACGAAUGAUACCUCGACAGAAAUUACUUCGAUGGAUCUUCGCCAGCUACAUUCAAGUCAAAAAGAAGCUAUGAAGAAAAUUAUGGAAUUUUCUGGAGAAUCUACUGAACUUGAUAUUGAUGAAUGGUUAACUGAUUUAACCAAUUUAUUUGGAUUAAUGAAAUUAAAAGAUGAAACAAAAAUUCUCGAAACUAUGGGUAAAUUAACAGGAUCAGCUUUACGAUGGUAUCAAGAAAAUUUAGGAUCAUUUACUAAAUGGGAAGAUGCUGAAAAAGCAUUAAGAGAUCGAUUUAAAGAAUUUACAUCAUAUAGUCAAUUGAUGCAAGAUUUUAUUCAGAUCCAGCAAGAAGAAAAUCAAUCAGUAACAUCUUUUUAUGAACAUGUUAUGCGAAAAUAUAAGAAAGCUAAACAAUAUAUUACUGAACAACAAGUAAUUACAGUAUUACAAACUGGUGUAAAAAAUUCAAUGAAAGAAUAUUUAAUUCGAAAUGAAAAGAAUAUUAAUGAUCCUGAAGAAUGGUUACAAUAUGCACGAGAAGAAGAACAUAUACAGAAACGAAUUCAACAACAGCGUAGUAAUAUGGGUUUGGAAACAACAACAACAACACAACCUUUCUUUGAUCCAGUUAUGUCCGUGAGAACAUUUCAACCAACAUCAUCAAAUAAUCAAUCAUCAAACCGAUAUACAUCAACAACAAAGUACCACCAUAAACAAUAUAAUCGUCCGGAAAAUAAUGGUACAUAUUCAACACAAAAUAAUAAUCAAGAUGUUAGAACAACACGGAAAAAUGAUUGGAAUAAUACAACAUCCAAACCUAAUCCAUGUUUAAUAUGCAAUCGAACUAAUCAUCCAACAAUUAAAUGUUAUUACAAGAAAGAAAAAGGCUGGGGGUCGGAUGAUGGCGACGAUCCCCGUGGAGUUCAACAGUCAUCUAUUGAAACAACAUAUAAUCCAAUUUUCGUCAAACUUUUAUGCAACAAUACUCCACAAGAAGCACUUAUAGAUACUGGAUCGGCCAUCACAUUAAUACACAAAUGCUUAUUAAACAAAAUUUCACAUGACAAAUUCAUACCAAGAAUAAAAAAUCAUUUAUCAGCAAGCUGUUCAACAAUAGAUAUUAUUGGUGAAGUAACUCUAUGUAUAAAUAUUAAUGGAAUAAUUACUCUAGUAGUUGCUGAUGUAGCAACAAAUCUAGUAACCAAUUUAAUACUUGGAAGUGACUGGAUUCAAUCAAAUAAUGUUUACAUUCUGACUCCAGAAAAACGAAUCAUGAUUCGACGGCAAGGUAGAGAAGUAUCAACUCCUUUUAUUGAUCCACCACUUUUAAAUUAUCCUGUUACUCUUAUCAAUCAUAUUACUAUUCUUCCUUUUUCAGAACAAGUGGUAGAAGCAAAACUUCGACAAGAAGAAAUGAUGAACGUAUUGUUUGAACCCAAUCCUCGAUUAAAAAAGAAGGCAUUAUUUACAGCAUGUACACUCCUCAACAUACAAGAUGGAAAAGUACGCAUGAGCAUCAUCAAUGCAACCAACCGACAGCAGACACUGUCAGAAGGAACCAACAUGGGUAUGGUGACACAAUUAGCAACAUCAGUCAAUUUUAUUAUUCCACAAGAUCAUUCAGUUCAACGCAUUCCGAAAGGAAAAGCGUGUAUGGAGCUCAUCCCAGAAGGGAAAAGAGCGAAUAUAAACGAUGGAAUAAAUUUCAUUAGUGCUAUUAACAGAUCAUACCAGCAAAAUCAACAUCAAUGUCGAGAAUGUCAACAAUAUUUUCAGACUGGCAAUGAGUUAUUCAAACAUCUCAGAGAUACAUGUUAUCCUGAUGAAAUACGGAAACAAAUAGAAAACUUAGUUGCACAUAUCAAGGAUAACACGCAACAAGAACAAUUGAAACACAUUCUUUGGAAAUAUGGAAAGUUAUUUGAUACCAGUCAACCAUCAAAAAUCGAUAUAGUAUUGAAGAAUGCUAUUGAUACUGGUACACAUCGACCUGUUCACACUCCACCUUAUCGAAAAUCAACCAAAGACCAAGAAGUUUUAACGAAUGAAACACAAAAAUUAUUAAAAAAUGAUCUCAUUGAACACUCCACAUCUCCUUGGUCUUCACCGGUUGUACUGGUGAAAAAGAAAGAUGGAACAACAAGAUUUUGUGUUGAUUACCGUCGAUUAAAUCAAAUAACAACAAAGGAUGCUUUUCCAUUGCCAAGAAUUGAUGAUAUCUAUGAUCAAUUAACCAAAACCAAGUACUUCACGAAACUCGAUUUCAAAGCAGGGUACUUUCAAGUACCAUUAGACGAGGCAGAUCGACCAAAAACUGCAUUCUCCACUAGAGAUGGUCAUUAUCAAUUCAAGGUGUUACCACAAGGAUUAACCAAUGGACCACCAACCUUUCAACGAAUUGUUAAUCAAAUAUUAGGUCCAAAUCGAUGGAAACAUAUGCUGGCAUACAUUGAUGAUAUUAUUGUAUAUUCGAGAAAUUUUAAUGAACAUUUAAAACAUAUUGAAGAAGUAUGUUCUUUAUUACAAUCCGCAAAUUUUAAAUUAAACAUAACAAAAUGUGAAAUCGCAAAAAAUGAAAUAUUAUUUCUUGGUCAUCUCAUUCAAGAUGGAACUAUUAAACCAGAUCCAGAAAAUACUCGUGGUCUAGCUGAAACCAGAGAACCAACAUCAGCUGAAGAAGCAUUUAGAUUCGUCAAAGCAGCUGAAUAUUAUCGAAAAUUUAUUCCAAAGUUUUCAUUCAUUGCUGCACCACUACACAAAUUAUCACCAACAACAUUACAACAACAACAGACAAGUAGCAAGAAAACAAAAUUUGUAUUAUCAGAUGAAGCAAGAAUGGCAUUCCAUCAAUUAAAAAAUAUAAUGACAACAGAUCUCAUACUUGAUAUACCUGAUGAUACAUUACCAUUUAAAUUACAAACAGAUGCAAGUGUAGAUGGAAUUGGAGCGGUUUUAAUGCAGGUUACUCCAAAUGGUGAUCGACCACUAGCUUAUAUGUCAAAAAAGUUAACAAAAACACAAACAAAAUGGGCGACAAUUGAACAAGAAUGUUAUGCAAUAGUACAAGCUGUCGAGAAGUGGGACAAGUAUCUUCGUGGACAUGAAUUCAGUUUGGAAACUGAUCAUGAACCAUUAGUUAAUUUUUCAAAUAAGGAACAAUUAAACAAAAGAUGUGAACGAUGGAGAUUAAAAUUAGCAGAAUAUCGGUUUAAGGUGAAACAUAUUCAAGGGAAGAAAAAUAACAUAGCAGAUUAUCUUUCAAGAUCACCAGUGGAAGCAGCCGAAGAAGAUCCGGACGAACGAGUUCAGUAUGAAUCAACAUCAACACAAACAGAUUCAUCAUUAUCAACAAGCAAUAAUAAAUUAAUACCAUUAACAAUAAUAGCACCGGUUACUCGAGCUGCAGCCAAACAACAACCCAUGACGACAGCAUCACCAACAUCAACGAAUGGUAAAACAACGGAACUCAUCCCGCAAGGGAAAGGAGUGAUGAAUAAAGAUCCAACGGUGGAUGGAGAUCCAAAUAGGAUCAUUCCAUUUGACAUGGAGGAUUUAAGAAAAGAGCAAGAAGAAGAUACGAUGGUGCAACGAAUAAAAAAUAACAUUAAAAAAUACAAACAAUACAUAUUAGAAGAUGGAGUAUUACUGAAAAAACAAAAUUCAACACAUCCUUCAGUACCAUUCGUUCCACAAGGAAGAAUACGAGCGGAUAUUUUAAAAAUUUAUCAUGAUACACCUGCAAAUGGUGCGCAUUUCGGUCGUGAGAAAACAACAAGAAAAAUACAAGAACGUUACUACUGGCCAACGAUGACUGCUGAUAUUCGAAAUCAUAUACAAUCAUGCUUAUCUUGUGCACAAAACAAUCAUCAACGUCAGAAACCUCCAGGAAAACUCAAACCAAUACCACCACCAGAUGGAAUAUGGAAACUACUUAGUAUGGAUUUUCAUGGUCCAAUAACACCAACAACUCGUCAAGGCAACAGAUAUAUUAUAUCAUUAACGGAUGUAUUAUCAAAAUUUGUUAUAGCAAAAGCUGUUAAAGAUUGUUCAGCAGCAACAACAGUAGACUUUCUUACGAAAGAUGUUAUUCUAAGAUAUGGAACACCAACAUGUAUAUUAACUGAUAAUGGUACACAUUUCACAUCUCAACAUACAAAUAAUUUAUUUCAAAAACUUGGUGUUACUCAUCUAUAUACAACAGCAUAUCAUCCGCAAACAAAUGGACAAAUUGAAAGAUUCAAUGCUACAAUGGAUGGAAAAAUAGCAGCAUUAUGUAAUGAACGACGUACAAAUUGGGAUGAAAUAUUACAAUAUGUUACGUUUAAUUAUAAUACAUCAAUACAUGCGAUAACAAAACAAAUACCAUUUGAAAUGAUGCAUGGAAGACAAGUUAUUCUUCCAUUUGAUCAACAAAAUGAAAUUAUAUCGCUUACACAAGACCCAGAGCAUAGUCAAAAAAUUAUAGAUUAUUUAGAAAAAUUAACAGAAGAAGCACGGAAGAAUAUACUUAAAUGUCAACAACAAUAUAAAACUCGAUAUGAUUUAAAUCGACAAGAAUUAACAAUAAAAAUUAAUGAUUUAGUUUUAGUGAAAACAAAAAAUCAAAGAAAUAAAUUUGAUAUUAGAUAUGAAGGUCCAUUUCGAAUUAUCAAACAAUUAGGAGUUAAAACAUUUAUUGUACAACAUGUAAAGAAAACAACAUUAACAAAACAAGUUACAAUGGAUGUCAUCGUUCCAUUAGUUGAACGAUGGAAUUUAAAUGAAUAA